CAGGCACGCGGAGACUUCCUUUAGAGCGCGGAGCCUCUGGACGCCGUCGCACAGGAGUGGUAGGGUUGAAGUAACUGCGCUCCUAAGCCAUCAGCUCAUCUGGGGUGCGGCGGGGCGAGUGACGAGCGCAGCCCCCUCCCCUCCCUCUUCUCUCGGUGUGGCGCCAGCUAGUGACGUCGUGGGUGUGAUGGCCGCCUCGAGGCCGGGACGGUGAAGUUGGGACAGGUGGAGUCAACACCAUCAGUAGCCAACCUGGACCUGAGUCAGCACAGAAGAGACCUCAAGUUCUUUUCAUCUUUUUGACUCCAACCAUGUCCACAAUGCCCACCCUGUGAAGGUCUCUUACCAGCUAAAAACUUCUCCUCUGUUCCAGUUGUGCCAGCAGACCAUCUCUGGACCCAUUUUAUUUUCUCUGCUAGGAGUUGCUGUACAUAAAACUGGCGAGAUGUCCCUGCUCUUCUCUCGAUGCAACUCCAUCGUCACCGUCAAGAAGGAUAAGCGACACAUGGCUGAGGUGAAUGCUUCCCCACUCAAGCACUUCGUUACUGCCAAGAAAAAGAUCAAUGGCAUUUUUGAGCAGCUGGGGGCCUACAUCCAAGAGAGUGCCAGCUUCCUUGAAGACACCCACAGGAAUGCGGAACUGGACCCAGUCACUACAGAAGAACAGGUCCUGGACGUCAAAGGGUACCUGUCCAAAGUCAGGGGUAUCAGCGAGGUACUGGCCAGGCGGCACAUGAAGGUGGCUUUUUUUGGCCGGACGAGCAAUGGGAAGAGCACCGUCAUCAACGCCAUGCUCUGGGACAAAGUUCUGCCAUCUGGAAUUGGCCACACCACCAAUUGCUUCCUGCGGGUGGAGGGCACAGAUGGCCAUGAGGCCUUCCUCCUCACUGAGGGCUCGGAAGAGAAGAAGAGCGUCAAGACAGUGAACCAGCUGGCCCAUGCUCUCCAUCAGGACGAGCAGCUGCAUGCAGGCAGCCUGGUGAGUGUGAUGUGGCCCAACUCCAAGUGUCCACUUCUGAAGGACGACCUCGUGCUGAUGGACAGCCCUGGGAUCGAUGUCACCACUGAGCUGGACAGCUGGAUUGAUAAGUUUUGCCUGGAUGCCGAUGUCUUUGUGCUGGUGGCCAACUCAGAGUCCACACUGAUGCAAACGGAGAAGCAGUUCUUCCACAAAGUGAGCGAGCGUCUCUCCCGGCCCAACAUCUUCAUCCUGAACAACCGCUGGGACGCGUCUGCCUCGGAGCCUGAGUACAUGGAGGAGGUGCGGCGGCAGCACAUGGAGCGCUGCACCAGCUUCCUGGUGGACGAGCUGGGCGUGGUGGAUCGAGCUCAGGCCGGGGACAGGAUCUUCUUCGUGUCUGCCAAGGAAGUGCUCAGUGCCAGGGUCCAGAAAGCCCAGGGCAUGCCAGAAGGAGGGGGCGCCCUUGCAGAAGGAUUUCAAGUGAGGAUGUUUGAGUUUCAGAAUUUUGAGAGGCGAUUUGAGGAGUGCAUUUCCCAGUCUGCUGUAAAGACCAAAUUUGAGCAGCACACAGUCCGGGCCAAGCAGAUUGCAGAGGCCGUUCGUCUCAUCAUGGAUUCCCUGCACAUUGCGGCUCAGGAGCAGCGGGUUUACUGUCUGGAGAUGCGGGAAGAGCGGCAAGACCGGCUGAGAUUUAUUGACAAGCAGCUGGAGCUCCUGGCUCAAGACUAUAAGCUGAGAAUUAAGCAGAUUACAGAGGAAGUGGAAAGGCAGGUGUCCACAGCCAUGGCCGAAGAGAUCAGACGCCUCUCUGUGCUGGUUGAUGAGUACCAGAUGGACUUCCACCCAUCCCCAGUCGUCCUCAAGGUUUAUAAGAACGAACUGCAUCGCCAUGUAGAGGAAGGCCUGGGCCGGAACAUGUCUGACCGUUGCUCCACAGCCAUCACCAGUUCCCUGCAGACCAUGCAGCAGGACAUGAUAGAUGGCUUAAAGCCCCUGCUUCCGGUGUCUGUGCGGAGUCAGAUAGACAUGCUGGUCCCUCGCCAGUGCUUCUCCCUCAGCUACGACCUGAACUGUGACAAGCUGUGCGCUGACUUUCAGGAGGACAUCGAGUUCCACUUCUCCCUUGGAUGGACCAUGCUGGUGAACAGGUUCCUGGGCCCCAAGAACAGCCGCCGGGCCUUGAUGGGCUACAGUGAUCAGGUUCAGCGUCCUAUCCCUCUGACACCUGCCAACCCCAGUAUGCCCCCCUUGCCACAGGGCUCCCUCACGCAGGAGGAGCUUAUGGUCUCCAUGGUUACCGGCCUGGCCUCUCUGACAUCCAGGACCUCCAUGGGCAUUCUCGUGGUCGGAGGAGUGGUGUGGAAGGCAGUGGGCUGGAGACUCAUCGCCCUCUCCUUUGGACUGUAUGGCCUCCUCUACGUCUAUGAGCGGCUGACCUGGACCACCAAAGCUAAGGAGAGGGCCUUCAAGCGCCAGUUUGUGGAAUAUGCCAGCGAGAAGUUGCAGCUCAUUAUCAGUUAUACUGGCUCUAACUGCAGCCACCAAGUCCAGCAGGAACUGUCUGGGACAUUUGCUCAUCUGUGCCAGCAAGUUGACAUCACCCGAGAAAAUCUGGAGCAGGAAAUUGCUGCCAUGAACAAGAAAGUUGAGGCUCUGGAAUCACUUCAGAGCAAAGCCAAAUUGCUCAGGAAUAAAGCUGGCUGGUUGGACAGUGAACUCAACAUGUUCACACACCAGUACCUGCAGCCCAGCAGAUAGUGGGCAGCUGGGGCAGGCCUGCACUGAGAAGAGGCAGGGCCGCGCCUCCCGUCAGCUCCAGUCCUUGGCCACUGCAGAGAGAAGGAAAACACCCACCGUCCUGUACUGUUUUGAGCCCUCAGCACCAGUUACUCCCGACCCUGCAGGAAGACCCUGGCUCCUACCCUAGAGGAGACUGACAAGGAUUGGACGGCUCGGCACCAAGGAGUCAUGCAUGUCCGUGUCUGCUCAUCAUGUUCACUUGGUUGAAAUUCACUGCUCAUUUGAUAAGGUCUUCCUAAGGGUAGCACCCUGCAGAAUGACUGAGGGGAACCCUCACAGGCAUCAGGCAGACACUCCCACCUUCUCCAGCCCGAGCACACCUACAGAGAAAGACAAUGUUGGGAUGACUGGACUCCCCGGAAGAUUUCAGGGUGGUUCUGGAAGGGCCGGGUUUGUCCCGGGACUUGUAUCUUGUGUGGCCCCCAGCUUCAGCGCUUCUCCCCACUUGCUUGGCGGCCAGGCUCAACACGCCCUGGGCUUUAGACUCAGGCAGCUCGUCUGGGAAGCUGGGACCUCUGCCAGCCAGAGCCGAGGGAGAGCUCAGGAGGAGGAGUGU